GGACGGCCACCUCCCCGGGCGAAGAUGUCGGCCCAGGCGGACGUCGGCUUAGUGCGCGAGGCUUCGCGGCAGAUCGUGGCCGGUGGUUCUGCUGGUCUUGUAGAAAUUUGCCUGAUGCACCCCCUGGAUGUGGUGAAAACCAGGUUCCAGAUUCAGAGAUGUACAACAGACCCAAACAGUUAUAAAAGCUUGGGAGACAGCUUUCGAAUGAUUUUCCGAACAGAAGGGUUGUUUGGUUUUUACAAGGGAAUUCUACCACCCAUCUUGGCUGAAACACCAAAAAGAGCAGUGAAGUUUUUCACCUUUGAGCAAUACAAGAAGUUGCUAGGAUAUGUGUCACUGUCACCAGCGGUGACAUUUGCCAUUGCUGGACUCGGGUCUGGACUUACCGAAGCCAUCGUGGUGAAUCCUUUUGAGGUAGUUAAAGUUGGCUUGCAAGCCAAUCGGGAUGCAUUUUCAGAGCAACCGUCCACCAUGAGUUACGCAAGACACAUCAUUAAGAAGGAAGGCUUCGGAUUCCAGGGCCUCAACAAAGGAUUUACGGCAACUUUGGGACGUCAUGGAGUUUUCAACAUGGUUUAUUUUGGCUUCUACUACAAUGUCAAAAACAUUAUUCCUGUCAAUAAGGAUCCAACCCUGGAGUUCUUGAGAAAAUUUGGGAUCGGUCUUCUCUCAGGGACAAUAGCCUCAGUCAUUAACAUCCCUUUUGAUGUUGCCAAGAGUCGGAUCCAAGGGCCUCAGCCAGUUCCUGGAGAGAUCAAGUACAGAACCUGUUUCCAAACAAUGGCGACAGUCUAUCAGGAAGAAGGGAUUUUAGCUUUAUACAAAGGCCUGCUCCCCAAGAUUAUGAGACUUGGACCAGGUGGUGCAGUGAUGCUGCUGGUCUAUGAAUAUAGCUAUUCGUGGCUGCAGGAGAACUGGUGAUGGCCUGGGAAGUAUUUUUUGCCCCCAAGAUACUAGACAUUUGCUGUGCAGCAUCAGAAAUGGGAGAGACUAUUGAUGAGCUAAGCUAGGCAGGCUGUGAUAAAGGGGAGAGCAGUUUGAACAAGAAUAAAUCCAAUUUUGAUACUUUGGAAAUUGUCUUUAGACAAAUGUAAAAAGGAUGAUUUGGGCUACUUAGAGAGGAACUAUGAAAAGAAAAAAAUAAUAGGAAGCAAUGAGGUGAUGUAAAUUGAAUAUAGAAAAUUAGCACAGAAAGCAAAUGUAUUUCAUAAAAGCGAUACAAGCUUUGUUGCUCCUUAUACAAUACUUUACAUUGAAAAUUUAUUGUGAUGGUAGUUGUUUUCCUAAGAGGUCUAGGAAUGCUUCAAAUGAAUCACUGAAAAUAAAUCACCUUGUAGCUCACUCCUUAAGAGGUAUCCAAUGAAAGACCAGGCUUAAAAAAAUGUCAAAACUUAACAGUUUCCCUAUGAGAUCAAAAAUUUUCACAAUUACUAUUUAAGGGCCACAGGAAAAUGUCUUUAAUGUGCACACAAAUGGCCCUUUAAGAAUAUGUAAUUCUGUGAAUCCAUGUUAAGAUGUCAAUCUGUUGACUUUAUUUAGUAAUAAUACACAUCCCAACUCUGUUUUCCUUAACCUACUUGGUAUUUGACCUCGUUGUUUAAAGCAUAUUUUAUGUCAGAAAUCUUUCAUUACAAACAUAAUACACGAAAUUAUAGUAAACUUUCUUUCACAUAGUUUGCUUUGCAAAUACAUUUAAUUGCUGAAAUAUUUUCAUAUUAAAUCACAAAUCGGAAGCACUCCCUGGGUAUGUCUUGUUGUCUAUAUUUAUAUUGAAAUACCUUUUCUAAGGACUCACCUACGCCAUCCUUAAAAAGAAGUUGUAGAAUCAAGCUGCAUAUCCAGGUUGUUAGCUUGUAGAAUAAAGGCAAACACAUUUCAAAAUGGAAGAACAUUCUUAGAAUUUCUAAGGAUGCCUGUAGUAACAUGCACUCUAAAAAAUAUCUCUUUGGUCUUUAUAUAACCAAACACGACUUAUGUCUACAUCCUGAAAUGAUGCUACUUCCAGUCGGCAGAAAUGUCUGCAGGUUCUAAAGGACACAUGUUCUAAACGACUUCUACGAGAUAUUUGUACCAUGGGUCUAUGUUAGCACAGCAUCUUGAAAAUAAAAAGUAAAAGGAUAA